UAGGCGGAUAGCCCGGUCUCGCCCGGCGCCGGCUGCAGCCGCCUUCACGGUAGCGCGGCGGCCUGGCUCACACUCGUCUCCUCUUGGCCGCCCAGGACCCGGCGGCACUGUUAGCCCCGCCGAGGCCGCCACGCCGGCGUCGACCACGGCUGCGACGGCCUCGGGAGCGCGUGAGGCUCCGGGGUCGUGGCGGCGAUUGGCCGGUCGCGGCGCCCGCUCCCAUAAUGCAGCGCAUGGCGCGUCAUUGAAGAGAGACCAUGAUGGCGGCGGCGCUGGGGCCCCCAGAAGUGAUCGCUCAGCUGGAGAACGCGGCCAAAGUUCUGAUGGCACCACCUUCCAUGGUCAAUAAUGAACAACGCCAACAUGCAGAGCACAUAUUCUUAUCAUUUAGAAAAUCAAAAUCACCAUUUGCAGUUUGCAAGCAUAUUUUGGAAACUAGUAAAGUGGACUAUGUCCUUUUUCAAGCUGCCACAGCCAUAAUGGAAGCAGUUGUCCGAGAGUGGAUUCUCUUGGAAAAAGGUAGCAUCGAGUCACUGCGAACAUUCCUUUUAACCUAUGUCUUACAAAGGCCUAACCUCCAGAAGUAUGUUCGGGAACAGAUUCUAUUAGCCGUAGCAGUAAUUGUAAAACGAGGAUCAUUAGAUAAAUCAAUUGACUGCAAAAGCAUUUUUCAUGAAGUCAGCCAGUUGAUAAGUAGUGGCAAUCCCACUGUGCAAACACUGGCCUGUUCUAUUUUAACUGCACUAUUGAGUGAAUUCUCAAGUUCAAGUAAAACUAGCAACAUUGGACUGAGUAUGGAAUUCCAUGGUAACUGCAAGAGAGUAUUUCAGGAAGAAGACCUUCGUCAGAUCUUCAUGUUAACUGUUGAAGUUCUGCAGGAGUUCAGCAGGCGGGAAAACCUCAAUGCGCAGAUGUCUUCAGUGUUUCAGCGUUACCUUGCACUCGCCAAUCAAGUCUUGAGCUGGAACUUUCUUCCUCCAAAUUUGGGCAGACAUUAUAUAGCUAUGUUUGAAUCCUCACAAAAUGUGCUGUUGAAGCCAACAGAGUCCUGGCGGGAGACUCUUCUGGACAGCAGAGUUAUGGAACUUUUCUUCACAGUACAUCGAAAAAUCAGAGAAGAUUCAGAUAUGGCACAAGAUUCUUUACAGUGCCUUGCCCAGUUAGCUUCUCUUCAUGGACCCAUCUUCCCAGAUGAAGGAUCACAAGUUGAUUAUCUAGCACACUUCAUUGAGGGAUUGCUGAAUACUAUCAAUGGAAUUGAAAUAGAAGAUUCUGAAGCUGUAGGAAUCUCCAGCAUUAUCAGCAACCUGAUAACUGUGUUCCCUCGAAAUGUUUUAACUGCCAUUCCCAAUGAACUUUUCUCCUCCUUUGUUAACUGCCUCACACACCUCACUUGUUCUUUUGGGCGAAGUGCUGCAUUGGAAGAAGUGCUUGAUAAGGAUGAUAUGGUAUACAUGGAAGCAUAUGAUAAGUUGUUGGAGUCCUGGCUAACUUUGGUCCAAGAUGACAAACAUUUCCACAAAGGCUUUUUUACCCAACAUGCAGUUCAAGUUUUUAAUUCCUAUAUUCACUGCCACCUAGCUGCUCCAGAUGGCACAAGGAAUUUGACUGCCAAUGGUGUAGCCUCUCGUGAGGAAGAAGAAAUAAGUGAACUUCAAGAAGAUGAUCGAGACCAGUUUUCUGAUCAACUAGCCAGUGUAGGAAUGCUAGGAAGAAUUGCUGCAGAACACUGUAUACCUCUUCUGACAAGUUUAUUAGAAGAAAGAGUAACAAGACUCCAUGGUCAGUUACAGCGACAUCAGCAACAAUUACUUGCUUCACCUGGUUCAAGCACCAUUGAUAACAAAAUGCUUGAUGAUCUCUAUGAAGAUAUUCACUGGCUUAUUUUAGUUACAGGCUACCUCUUAGCUGAUGAUACUCAGGGAGAGACUCCGCUAAUACCUCCAGAAAUAAUGGAAUAUUCCAUUAAGCAUUCAUCUGAAGUUGACAUUAAUACAACACUUCAAAUUUUGGGAUCUCCAGGAGAAAAGGCUUCUUCCAUCCCAGGGUACAACAGAACAGAUUCUGUGAUUAGGCUAUUGUCUGCUGUUCUAAGAGUUUCAGAAGUUGAAUCUCGAGCAAUAAGAGCAGAUCUCACUCACCUACUAAGCCCUCAAAUGGGCAAAGAUAUUGUUUGGUUUCUAAAACGCUGGGCCAAGACUUAUCUCCUUGUGGAUGAAAAACUGUAUGAUCAGAUAAGUCUGCCAUUCAGUACAGCAUUUGGAGCAGAUACGGAAGGUUCUCAGUGGAUUAUUGGCUACCUCUUACAAAAAGUCAUCAGUAACCUCUCAGUCUGGAGUAGUGAGCAAGACCUUGCAAAUGAUACUGUGCAGCUCCUUGUCACUUUGGUGGAAAGAAGAGAAAGGGCAAACUUAGUAAUUCAGUGUGAAAACUGGUGGAACCUAGCUAAGCAGUUUGCAAGCCGCAGUCCCCCUCUUAAUUUCUUGUCAAGUCCUGUGCAGAGGACACUGAUGAAGGCUCUUGUCUUAGGGGGUUUUGCACAUAUGGAUACAGAAACCAAACAACAAUAUUGGACAGAGGUUCUUCAGCCACUUCAGCAGCGAUUCUUAAGAGUGAUAAACCAAGAAAACUUUCAGCAGAUGUGUCAGCAAGAGGAAAUCAAGCAGGAAAUCACUGCUACACUGGAGGCCCUUUGUGGCAUUGCUGAGGCUACCCAGAUUGACAAUGUAGCCAUUCUUUUUAAUUUUUUAAUGGACUUCCUUACCAAUUGCAUUGGGUUGAUGGAAGUUUACAAAAAUACCCCAGAGACUGUCAAUCUCAUUAUAGAAGUUUUUGUUGAAGUUGCACAUAAACAGAUAUGCUAUCUUGGAGAGUCCAAAGCUAUGAACUUAUAUGAAGCCUGCCUUACUUUGUUGCAAGUAUAUUCUAAGAAUAAUUUAGGGAGGCAAAGAAUAGAUGUUACUGCUGAAGAAGAACAGUACCAAGACCUGCUUCUCAUUAUGGAACUUCUUACUAACCUUCUGUCAAAAGAAUUCAUAGAUUUCAGUGACACAGAUGAAGUGUUUAGAGGACAUGAGCCGGGUCAAGCAGCAAACAGAUCUGUAUCAGCAGCUGAUGUUGUUUUAUAUGGGGUCAACCUAAUUCUGCCCUUGAUGUCACAGGAUCUUUUGAAGUUUCCAACACUUUGUAAUCAAUACUACAAAUUAAUCACAUUUAUUUGUGAGAUUUUUCCUGAAAAAAUACCACAGCUUCCUGAGGAUCUUUUUAAAAGUCUGAUGUACUCCCUAGAACUAGGAAUGACAUCAAUGAGUUCAGAGGUUUGCCAGCUCUGCCUGGAGGCCCUGACACCAUUAGCUGAACAGUGCGCAAAAGCACAAGAAACAGAUUCACCACUUUUUCUAGCAACUCGGCACUUUCUUAAGCUGGUUUUUGACAUGCUGGUUUUGCAAAAGCACAACACAGAGAUGACCACUGCAGCUGGUGAAGCUUUCUACACUUUGGUGUGUUUACAUCAGGCUGAAUAUUCUGAACUGGUUGAGACAUUACUGUCAAGUCAACAAGACCCAGUUAUUUACCAGAGAUUAGCAGAUGCCUUCAACAAGCUCACUGCAAGCAGCACUCCUCCUACGUUGGAUCGGAAGCAGAAGAUGUCCUUCCUAAAGAGUUUAGAAGAAUUUAUGGCAAAUGUUGGUGGUCUCCUUUGUGUAAAAUAAACAACAAAACUCUAUGCUUAAUAUAGAUCCUUUCUGCAAAGUGCACUGAAUUGCUGAAAGUUGACAUGAGUCUUGUCCUGUUCCUCAGUUCUUUUGGCCAUUUUGGAUUUUGGAGAGCCUGAAACUUCAAUAUGGAAUGCAGUGAAACAGGAGAGGUCAACUUUGAAUCAGCUUCUGCUGUUAGGUGUUAGCCACAAGCUGUCACAUACAUGUCUUCUAGAUUUUAAAUGGUGACUUCAAUUUUUCAAAAUGCAAUUCCAUAUAUGUGCAAACAGAUAUGGGCACCAAGAAAUACAUAUCCAGUGCCUUUUCCCCUUUUAUCAAAGCAUAAGUGGCUAGCCAAAGUUUAGAGUUUUUGUAAUUAAAUAUUAGGUGGAUGUGUUCUAGGCAAUGUUUCUCAAAAUGUUGUCCAUAGACCACCUGCACCUUCUGAGGAUCUGGUGAAAAGGAAGAGUCUUGGGCCCAACCAUAAACCUUUAGUCAGAAUCUGGUGGUUGGACCUUGGGGUCUGCAAUUUAGUAAGCUCCUCCUCUCCAUCACCCCAAAAGUUUUGAAUCAAUGCAAGAGACAUUGAAAACUCUUUAAGAGGUUUUGUGUUUUUUCAAUGUUUCUUCCCUUUGAUAAUUAGGUUUGUGAUUGAGCAGGAAAAAAAAAAUCACCAAAUGUUUGUUGGAUUCUUUUUAGUUGAUGUUCUUUCUCAUUCUCUCACACUCUUUAUUCUCUUCUUUGUCUCUCACUCUCUUCUUUCUCUCUCAUCAACCCAUGUUACAGGUUUUGUGUAAUUAAUACAGGUCUCUAAUCAUACUCUGAUGCCUGAACUUGAGGAAAAUAUGUGUAUAUUUUUGUUCCAUAAAAAGAACUUCUAGGAACUGUAGCCAUUUCAUUGCCUUAAUUUUAAGGGGGUGGGGGGGAGGCAGAUUUAAGUAAGAAAUCAAGUCUUGAUGCUCCAGAGUUGGUUUAGGGUAUUAGCUGCUAUGAACCUGUUGCCCCAUUUGAUUGUGAAUUUAUGUGGGUUUAUGAGUAAAACAAAAGGCUUAUCCCCAUGUAUUUAACUUUCCAAGUGUGUUUCUAUCCAGCCACACAGCCCAUAUCUACUCUGAAUAGCUUGCUUAAGCAAUAACUAUUUUUAAAGGAUGUGAAUUACUGAUUCACACAAUAGAAUUACUGACUAUUGCACGUUGGGGCAUUAGGGGCAAUAAUUAUGAAGUGGGUGUUAUUCUUGUGUCACAGAAGUCACGCAAAUUUAAUUUCAGAAAUUAAAAAGUCUACUCUAGAUCCUCUAGUUGGAUCUUUCUAAUCAGGAUUUUUAUACUGCUGUCAUGCUUCCUUUAAUAAUGUGUACCAGCUUAAAUUAUGGAAAUGAAAGCUAAUUUAUAAACUGUAGGCAUAUGAAACUUCACGCUUUACAAACCAGAAUCUCACAACACAAUGACAAAUAGAGGAUUCUGGAAUAGGUGCAUUUGAAUCUCUGCUACAGAGGGGUAGACUUUCUCCUUCCACAUAUCCUUAAUAAUUGUCUGCUAACCCACCCUGCAAGUACAGCUAUUAUAUUUGAAUUGCACAUAGCAUAUACAUCUUCACAUGUGAUGCUCUGCAAAACUUUGUGUAACUGUGCUAAAGACAGAGCAGACAAUACUGGAAGCAUCUAAAUUCAUCCCACCUGUGCAUGUGAUGUUAGAUAUGAGUGAAUAUGAGGUCCAUAGCCAUAACUUUUUGAGGAUCAUUUCUCUUAAUUUGAUCACCACUAACAAUAUAAGUGGAACAAAAACAUCUUGCAAGAUUGUGAGGAAGAAAACUAGUAUUACUCUUGAUGAAAGACACAUUUUUUAUAUUUCAAAAAAUACUUUGAAUGAUGUGUUUGUUUUUAGGUUGUUUUUUUUUCCCCCUUGAAGUGAUGUGCAGUAGUGAUCACUUUGCUUUGCAUUGUUUUUGUUUUGUGUUUCUUCACUCCCUCAAGCUUCCUCAGCACUUGUGAGUAGUGUAUAUGUGUGAUAAAUAUGGUCCCUGAGACACACAAGGGCACUGAGACCCAUAACUGACUGGCCAGGACAAAACUAUAAUCAGGUUUUUAUUAAAAGUAAAGAUGGGUAGGAAAGGAAUGCCUUAGUAAGUAAAAAGGCAUCUGUAUUUAAAUAACUCCUAUCCAGAUAGAAAUAUUUGCUAAAUUUUCCCAGAUUCUAAUACUCCAAUUUUUGUAGACUAUUUUUAAUUAAAACAACAUUUACUUCAGAUUGGACCAAAUAAUGUUUAAGAGAUCAUCAGAAUGUCAAUUAGUGGCAAAGGGGAUGGGGGUUGACACCACAUUUUAGGUAGUAAGGAUACCACUGAAUUGUACCAGCUAGACUCUUCAGGGUGUUUGUGUAAACGUUUGCCUAAUUGGAUAUUUGUUUAGUCUGGAUCUUUUUCAUUUUCUCAGUUUUGUCUUAAGCUAUGUUUAUUAGCUCUUCAGAUUUUGUUUUACUUUGCUUAAUGCUCUUGGCCCAGUGGGUAUUGAACACUGGCUGAAUUUAGUAAAUUGGUUUUUCCAAUUACAACUGCCUGUUAAUUUGUUAAAGUUUUUUUUUUUUUUUUUAAACAAAAACAUUAUUUUUGUUCUUUAUAUAUGUUAAAGGGGCACUGUUAAGUGUUCAAUUUUUAGAUUGUUUUAUUAAAUUUCUGUUGUUCACAUAGUAUCCUCUAAACUUAAGUUUUCCUUGUACCCUUUGUUUGAUUUGUGAUUCAUUUUUGUUCCUUAUUUGUUUCCCAAGGCACAAUCACUAAGGAGUCCUAAGGCACAAUUACUAAGGACUUUGUAUGCUCACACUUUGUAUUAAUGUAACGGCACCUGUAACUCUGUUCUUGUAGUUCUGUUAAAAAGGGUGGUGUGAUUUUAUGAUCCUUGUGCUGGAUGGGUGGCUGCUGAUAGCCAAACUGCUUGACAGUAUUCUUUCCAGCACAGUUACUUGGGUCUUUUCUGCCUGGCAGUCUUUUACUUUGUUGGAAGACAGUGGCAUGUUAACAUCACUGCAUUGAGUUUUCAUCUGGUAUAAAGUGUAACAUUUUAUGUAAACAAAACUUUGCAGGUUUUUUCAAACUAAUUUUAAGAAUUCAGACUUAUUUUUAUGGUAAACUGUGUAUCUACUUAAAUUACAUUGCCCUGUUCAGAAGAGAUGAUUACUACUAUUUUUUUCCUUCACAAUUUUCAUUUCAAAAACAAGCUUCUAUAUAAUCCCCCCACCAGUCAGCAUUACUAAUACUGCCCUGUCUUGAUUGAACUUUCUCCCUUACCAAAAAUGUCAAGUCUCUAAAGUCCUAACAUUACCAUGUUUCUGUUUCUGUUAAAAUUUCUAUGAACCCCCUCAAGUAUUGAAGGGAAACUAGCUGUCAGUUUCAAGGAUUCCAAGUUUGAAUCUCUUGGUAGACAGUGUUGGUAUAACCCUUAAAAUACGAUUUUUAUUACUUGUAUUCUAUUUGCCAUCUCUGUUGUUAGAGGUGGUGGUUGUUGGACCUUGCUAAGUUAGCUGUCUCUGACAGGUAAUUGUCAUUAUUGGUUCCUGAAUAAAAUAUUAACCUUUUAAGUCAGAAGGAACCUCAGUAUUUCUUAGGGGUUUUGUUUGUUUUUGUUUUUCAAACCAGAAAAUAAGGAACUAAUUCAGAUAUGAAGUUUUAACAUAAUUUCCUGUAAUUUUUUCCAUAAAACAAAUGAUUUGAGAAUAUAACAAUCUUUUAAAUUAUUUUUAAAUGUAAGUGGGUAUUUCUCUGAGUUGGUAACUAUGUUCUGAAAACACUGCAUUUAAGAAUUCUUUAAAAAUUGAUUAUCUGACAUUAAAAUAUGUCCAAGGUAGGCAUCUUGCUGAGCCCAAAUUGAUUUGAAGUGCCAUGGUUCAAGUUGAACUUUAAGCUUUUUAAUUUAGAUGUAAGAAAUGCCACUGGGCAAAUAAUGAGAACCCAUGACAUAUGUAGCCAAAGAAUAAUUUGGUUCAGGUAAAGAUAGAAGCUUAAUAGUGGGCAUCCAUUCUGUUUUAUUUUUAAAGAAGAUGAAUGAAGAAUUCUGUUUCUAGCCUGUAACUCUCUGUGUGGAAGUCUUUGUAAGAUAGAAUAUUCUAAGCUAGCUGUGGUGGUUAUUCCCUACCAUGAACUGAGAGGUGUGGCUUACACAUAAUCUAUCACCUGUGAGACUCACUCCAUGAACCAUCUAUCCACCCUCCUCACCCACUGUGGUUUGCUCUUCCUUCACCUGUUCCUGGUCCUCAGCAGAGGAGAGGUCUGAUUUUCUCUUUUUCAGACUGUAUUUUUAGGUCUCUUAGCUAUUAGGAGUUGUCAGAUAUAUACUAACAGCAAAUUUCCCUAGCCUGAAGUUAAAUACCACAUCUGCACUAUGUUCCUCCUGGGGAUCUGACCUCAAGUGUGCUCUGAGCCCAGGCUUCUGGUGUGAUGUCUUUUACCGCAAAAUUAUGACAAAUUGCAAAUAUUGGUAUUGUGAUUUGAUUCUGUGUACAAAGAAAGAAGCUCUAUGCAGUGAGUUUGUGGUUAAUGGUCACAAAAUGUUAGCACUGCUACCAUUCAGCACGUGUAAAAUUUUUUAAAUUUAUAAAUAUUAAAAUUUUAAACUUAUGCUGACUUUUCAAUUUUUUUAAGAGACCCAGGGAUGAGUGUACUAUUCAAAUAUUUACCUCUCUUAUAACAAUGAAGGUAUAAAGUUGCAUUUAGUUUUUCAAAAAUGCUGCAGUAUGAUUUUAGAAAAUAAAUCAAGGCUAUGUAUUGAGCCUGUUAAAAGCUGAAUAUCAAAUUGAUAAAUUUUAUUUGUAUUUUUAAAAUCCAUAAAUGGGAGUUAAAAUGUCAUUUCACUAAAUAUUUUUAUUACA